AUGAUUUCUGAACCGGCGAGUUCCCUGAGAAAGAGGAACGUCCAAGACCGACGCCUCAGCAUCAUCGACGUUUCUUCCGCCGACGAUUCGCUUCUCGAUGGAAAUCCUCUCAACCACCACCAUUCAGAAACCCAAGCGCACGCGGAUUUGCUGUGCACUCCGAACUCGAAGAACUUCGAAGACGCCGCCACCAAACUUCAGCAGUGGGAGCAUGAGCCUCACUCCAACGACUCAUCCGGAAACGGAAAACCUAAGAAAAAUGGCAAAUGCAAUUUGCGCAAGAGUUUGGCCUGGGAUAGUGCCUUUUUCACCAGCGCCGGGGUUUUGGAUCCUGAGGAGUUGUCUAGUAUAAUUGAAGGUGUUGAGAAGGAUGAGAUGCAUGAAUUACCGGAUAUUCAAGAGGAUGUGUACAAAUCGUGUGAGUCCAUAUCUACCUUAGCGAGUGAUAGCUUGACUUUUGAGAGUGCGGAGGUCGAGGGUGAUUUGUUUGAAGAUGUAAGAGCUUCAAUUCAGAAAUCUAGCCGAAAGUCCAGCCCUGCAGGUGCAAACACCAAAGUACCAUCAUCCCCUGCGGUUCCAGGGUUCCAAAGUCAUGACUCUUCAAAAAAGGUUGGUGUGGUUCCUCGAAACAAGAUGAAGGCCCCUCCUGCUUCUAAGAAUCUAAGUUCUGGCAUGCAAAGAUUUGGGAACACGAUGAAAAAGAAUAAUCCUAUUUUUCCACAACUUCCACAGCCUGCUGCUACAAGGAGAGAGUCGUCUAUUUUAAGGCAAUCAAAGGUUCUAGCGAAGUCUGGUGUAAGUUCCACAAUUUCUUCGAAGAGAGAAUCCCUUGGCAAUCUCCAUGUCAAAGGUGGAAGGGACAAGGCAAAACGAAUAGUUGGUGAUAGAGUUAGUUCAGUGACAAAAACAUCUGUUAUUGGAGGUUCUCGGGGUAUUGUGCCUAAACCCACACUACCAUCGAAAUCAGCUUCUGGACUGACAGUAUCAACCAGGACUAAAUCAGUGACUUCCACAUCUUCCGGUAACAAUUUGUCUGACAAUAUUGGUAAAUCUUCUUUUAAUUACUUAAAAAGAAGUUAUAAGCCAACCUCAUCUUACCCAGCUGUCAGAACACCUUCAAGAAUAUCUCCAAGAAAUAAAGCUGAACCUGAGAUUUCUAGUCUUUCAAGCUUGAUGUCUGCCACAAAGCUUUCUUCUAGUAUUUCACCUGCCAGUUCUAUCAGUGAUUGGUCUUCGUCAGAGUCAUCCUCAACAAUUUCUAUGGCUAAACGUGUCUGUAAUGGUUCAAGGUCCAGCAUUGAUAGUGGCUCAAGCAGAAAGGUUUUAUUGGACGCUGAUGCAGAUCAAGGUACACAUUCUCACACUCCUCAGAAUGAUUCAACCUUAGAAAGGCAAGAAGAUCAGCAUGAUGGGUGGUCUAUUAGUCAAAAGCAAGGGACAGCUCCUGGAGUGACGGUCCUUCCUCCAGCUCCCAAGAAACCUUCAGGCCUUCGUCUGCCUUCACCAAAGAUUGGUUUCUUUGAUGGGGUGAAGCCCUUAGUGCGCACUCCACGUGGGGGAAUGCCACCACGCUCUGUUGUACCUGGUAGCUUGGCAAAACAGGGAGUUGCAAGUCCAAAUGAGGGCCAGAGCAAAACAGAACUUGGAAACCUUCAAGCUUCUAAAUCCAUCGUGUCAAUUGAAAAUACAAAACCCAAUAACCAGCAAGCUCCACAUCCAAAUCCUUUUCAUGAAUCAUCAGAUGUUGCAAUUAAGACAUAUAACAAUGUGCAGAAUAAAAGCUCUUCCGACAUGCCCAUGGGUGCUGAUGAAAAUACAUCACUCAUCCAUGUAGUGGAGAAAGCCCAUCAUGAUCUGCUACCAAUUAAAGGUGUCAAUAACCAGGCAAAUGUUCAUCACGAUGAUCAUGUUGAUAGUUUGAGCAAACAAGUUGGACAUAUGGACAUAAAUUUUGAGACACAGGAUAAGUUUAACAUUAAUUGCCUUUCUUUAUUGCAGACUGAUAUCAGCUCCCCAGAUAAAUCCAAUUGUCUGAAGUUAUCUAAUCACGAAAGGAUUAUUGAUUGUCCUAAGGAAGAGGACUUAUUGACGAGUUCAUCCACUACAUUUCUCUGUGUCUCCCCAAACUUUGGUGUGGCAGCUUCAGCAAGGAGACCCUUUGCAGUCAAGAAUUCCUUUUGCAACAUGGAUGGCGUUGUCUUAACAGAAUCAGCAGUUUCAGAAACAAAAUCGACGACCAACUUGCCAAUGCCCGAUAGCAUUAGUAUGAAGGAAAACAACUAA